AUGCAGUUCAAUAUGACCAACUUUAAUCCUUUGUCCAAAAUUCUUGAUGAUAAUCGUUUGGCUGGACUAAACUAUAUGGAAUGGAAGAGAAAUUUAACAAUUGUCCUCACUGCUGAAAAGCUGAACUAUGUCCUAACCACUGAUCCACCUAUGCUCCUUGAGGCAGAUGCCACUGAUGAACAACAUGAAGAUACUGGGAAAUGGCAUGAGGCGGAUGAUGUUGCAAAAUGCUACAUACUGGCCUCAAUGACCAAUGUGUUGCAAAAGCAGCAUGAGGGUGUUCCUACUGCAAAAGACAUAAUGGUUAAUUUGAAAGAAAUGUUUGGAGAACAGAGCAGAAGUGCACGCCAAAUUGCCAUGAAAGGUUUGAUGUCCACCAAAAUGGUGGAAGAUAUUGAUGGUGAAACUAAAAUUGAUGGGAUCCUUUCAUCUUUACCAGAUUCUUAUAAUCAAUUUAUUUUGAAUUACAAUAUGAAUAAGAUGAUUGUUACACCAUUAGAGCUGCUCAAUAUGUUGCAAGUAGCAGAGGAUCUUAUUAAAAAGAGCCAACCCACUGUGAUGAUGGGUGAGAAGGAAAGUCCUAGAAAAUUCAAGCCUAAGGGAAAGAAUAAUUUUAAUAAAGAAUCUAUAGGCUCUAAGUUCUCUAGAAAAACACAAGGCGUUUUUAAAAAGGGUAUAGACAAAAAAGAAAGCAAAGGAAAUUGUUUCCAUUGUGGAAAGCUUGGCCAUUGGAAGAGAAACUACCGCUAUUAUUUGGCAACACUGAAAAAGAACAAGCCUUCGGAAGGGGUUCAAGGAGACCAGAAGGCUUAA